UAAUCUUGAGUAAUAAUUUCUGUCAAAAAAGCAAGUGAAAAGUGCACAAACAGCAUACACAUACACACACUCCAACACAAAUCGUGUCCGUGUGCAGAAAAGAAGAAGCAAAACACUUCCCGAAAGCUCGACCGGAAAAGCAAAGAGAGCAACAUCCCACCACCACCAGGGCCAUAAGGGGGCAGGAUGGCAUUCAGCGUGCUGAACACGGUGGCGAAGCGCACCGCCGCGAACGUUUAUGUAACCGGCGGCGGGCUGCUGAAAAAUGUCGCCGCUUUAUGUAACGGGCAGCAGCCGGCCCGGUCCGCCGGCAAGUGGUUCCCGGACGAGCAGUUCAUCGACCAGUUCAAGGGGCCGGUCAUGUACCCGGACGAGGUGACGUCCCGCUGGAAGCUGCCGCCGUGGAACAGCAAGAUUGCGCCGGUUGAGAAGACGGUGCGCAACCUGAGCCUCAACUUUGGACCGCAGCACCCAGCCGCCCACGGCGUACUGCGGCUGGUGCUCGAGCUGGACGGCGAGACGGUGAUGCGGGCGGAUCCGCACAUCGGGCUGCUGCACCGCGGCACCGAGAAGCUGAUCGAGUACAAGACGUACACGCAGGCGCUGCCGUACUUCGACCGGCUCGACUACGUGUCGAUGAUGUGCAACGAGCAGUGCUACUCGCUCGCGGUCGAGAAGCUGCUCAACAUCGACAUCCCGCUGCGGGCCAAGUACAUCCGCGUGCUGUUCGCGGAGAUCACGCGCAUCCUGAACCACAUCAUGGCGGUCGGUACGCACGCGCUGGACGUCGGCGCCCUCACGCCCUUCUUCUGGCUGUUCGAGGAGCGCGAGAAGAUGAUGGAGUUUUACGAGCGCGUGUCGGGGGCGCGCAUGCACGCCGCCUACAUCCGGCCGGGCGGCGUAUCGCAGGACCUGCCGCUCGGGCUGCUGGACGACAUCUACGAGUUUGCGUCCAAGUUCGGCGAGCGGCUGGACGAGGUGGAGGACGUGCUGACGACCAAUCGCAUCUGGGUGCAGCGUACCGUCGACAUCGGCGUGGUGUCGGCCGAGGACGCACUGAACUACGGCUUCAGCGGCGUGAUGCUGCGCGGUUCCGGCAUCAAGUGGGACCUGCGCAAAUCGCAACCGUACGACGCGUACGAUCUGGUCGAGUUCGACGUGCCGAUCGGCACCAAGGGCGACUGCUACGAUCGCUACCUGUGCCGAGUGGAGGAGAUGCGCCAGUCGCUCCGCAUCAUCGACCAGUGUCUGAACCAGAUGCCGGCGGGCGAGAUCAAGACGGACGACGCGAAGCUGACGCCGCCGUCCCGCGGCGAGAUGAAGCACUCGAUGGAGGCGCUGAUCCACCACUUCAAGCUGUUCACGCAGGGAUACCAGGUGCCGCCGGGCGCCACCUACACCGCGGUCGAGGCGCCGAAGGGCGAGUUCGGGCUGUACGUCGUGUCGGACGGCUCGAGCCGGCCGUACCGGUGCAAGAUCAAGGCGCCCGGGUUCGCCCAUCUGGCCGCGCUCGACAAGAUCGGCCGCCACCACAUGCUCGCGGACGUGGUCGCCAUCAUCGGCACGCUGGACGUCGUGUUCGGCGAGAUCGAUCGCUAAGCCGCAGCGGCCUUAGCGUGUAGGAAAGGAGAAAUGUAUCCCGUUUCUUUUUUUGUUUUGUUCCGUUGUUAUCUCUAGAGCAUACAAUUUUGAUUCAAUCGACCCUUGCAAUGCGGGAAUGCGAAAACGCAAAAAAAAACCUGCGACGCACCUACAAACACCCAAUUGAUUGGGGCAAACACGGGGAGUGGAAGUAGGAGGAUAACGAACACAAAGCAAAAACACACACACACACUCUCGAUGAUAUCCACACAAACAUACCACGCCCCCUGUUUGGUGCUGUAAACCCACGAGUUAUUACUGUAAAAGGAGAAUAAAUAAUUAAAAAGCCUUAAAAUCA